AUGUCCUCGUCUGCCGGGCACCUGACCUUCAUCCCACCCCUCGCUGUCUUCCCCAAUGUGAGCCCCUUGAACCCGGCGCACACCGGGCGCAUCUGCAGCACCUGGGGCGACUUCCACUACAAGACCUUUGAUGGCGCCGUCUUCCGCUUCCCUGGCCUCUGCAACUACGUGUUCUCCGCACACUGCGGUGCUGCCUACGAGGACUUCAACGUGCAACUGCGCCGCAGCCUCAUGGGUGCCAGGCCCACCAUCACCCGAGUCGUGCUCAAGACCCAUGGGCUGGUGCUGGAGAUGUCCAACGGCUCUGUCCUGGUCAACGGGCAGCGGGAGGACCUGCCCUACAGCCGUGCUGGCCUCCUGGUGGAGCAGAGCAGUGACUAUGUGAAAGUCAAUGUCCGGCUGGUCCUGACCUUCCUGUGGAAUGGAGAGGACAGUGCUCUGCUGGAGCUGGACCCCAAGUUCACCAACCAGACCUGCGGGCUGUGUGGAGACUUCAAUGGGCUUCCGGAUGUCAGCGAGUUCUACGUGCACAAUGCCAGGCUGAGCCCGUUCCAGUUUGGGAAUCUGCAGAAGCUUGAUGGUCCCAUGGAGCUGUGCCAGGACCCGCUGCCUUCGCUACCCGACAACUGCACGGACGGGGAGGACUUUUGCCGCCGAAUCCUGCUUGGCCCUGCUUUCUCCGAGUGCAAUGGGCUAGUGGAUGCCAGCAUAUAUGUGGCUGCCUGCGUCCAGGACCUGUGCCGCUGUCCCACAUGUCCCUGUGCCACCUUCGCUGAAUACUCUCGCCAGUGUGCCCACAGUGGGGGCCAGCCACAGAACUGGAGGGGCCCCCAGCUUUGCCCCCAGACGUGCUCAUCCGGCAUGCAGUACCAGGAGUGCGGCUCGCCCUGCACUGACACCUGCUCCAACCCCCAUCGCUCCCAGUUGUGCGAGGACCACUGCGUGGACGGCUGCUUCUGCCCCCCAGGCACGGUGCUGGAUGACAUCACACAUGCCGGCUGUCUGCCCCUGGCUCAGUGUCCCUGCAUGCAUGGCGGCCGCACCUUUGUUCCUGGGACCUCCUUCAACACCAGUUGCAGCUCCUGCACCUGCUCUGGGGGGCUGUGGCAGUGCCAGGAAUGGCCAUGCCCCGGCACCUGCUCUGUGCAAGGUGGGUCCCACAUUUCCACCUACGAUGAGAAGCUCUAUGACAUACACGGUGACUGCAGCUACGUCCUGUCCAAGAGAUGCGCCGCAGACAGCCCCUUCACCGUGCUGGUGGAGCUUCAGAAGUGUGGUCUGACGGACACCGAGAACUGUCUCAAGGCGGUGACACUCAGCCUCAAUGGCGGGGACACGGCCAUCCAUGUCCAGGCCAGUGGCGCUGUGUUCAUGAACUCCAUCUACACCCAGCUGCCUGUGUCGGCAGCCAAUAUCACCAUCUUCAAGCCCACAUCCUUCUUCAUCCUGGUGCAGACGGGGCUCGGUCUGCAGCUGCAGGUGCAGCUGGUGCCUAUCAUGCAGGUGCAUGUUAUACUGGACCCAGAAUACCACAGCCAGAUGUGCGGCCUGUGCGGAAACUUCAACCAGAACCAGGCUGAUGACUUCACGGCCCUGAGCGGGGUGGUAGAGGGCACAGGCGCUGCCUUCGCCAACACCUGGAAGACCCAGGCCUCCUGCCCCAAUGCCAAGAACAGCUUCGAGAACCCCUGCUCGCUCAGCGUGGAGAACGAGAACUAUGCCCAGCACUGGUGCUCGCUGCUGACCGACCCUGCUGGGGCCUUCUCUGCCUGCCACUCCACCGUGAACCCUGUACCCUUCCACUCGAACUGCAUGUUUGACACCUGCAACUGCGAGAGGAGUGAGGACUGCCUGUGUGCCGCACUGUCCUCCUAUGUGCAUGCCUGCGCCACCAAGGGCGUGCUGCUCCGAGGCUGGCGGGAUGGCGUCUGCACCAAAUACAUGAGCAGCUGCCCCAAGACCCAGAGCUAUGCGUAUGUGGUGGACACCUGCCAGCCCACCUGCCGUGGCCUAAGUGAGGCCGACAUCACCUGUGGUGUGUCCUUUGUGCCCGUGGAUGGCUGCACGUGCCCUGCAGGCACCUUCCUGGAUGAGGCGGGAGCCUGUGUGCCAGCCCAUGAGUGCCCCUGCUACUUCCGUGGCAGUGUGGUGGCACCCCGGGAGGUUGUACAGGAUGACGGUGUGGUGUGCUCAUGUGAGAGUGGGAAGCUGAGCUGCCUGGGAACCCUGCUGCAGAGGAGCCCAGGGUGUGUGGCGCCCAUGGUGUACCUUGACUGCAGCAACUCCUCAGUCGGCAGCCCUGGGGCUGAGUGCCUCCGAAGCUGCCACACACUGGAUGUGGAAUGCUUCAGCAGGCACUGCAUCUCAGGCUGCGUCUGCCCCCUGGGGCUGGUGUCUGAUGGAAGCGGGGGCUGCGUGGCUGAGGAGGACUGUCCCUGCGUGCACAACGAGGCCAGCUACCGGCCUGGGGAGACCAUUCGUGUGGGCUGCAACACCUGCACCUGCAGGAACCGCCGCUGGGAGUGCAGCAACCGGCCCUGCCUGGGCACCUGUGUGGCCUACGGCGAUGGCCACUUCAUCACCUUCGAUGGUGAACGAUAUAGCUUCGACGGCAGCUGCGAGUACACACUGGCCCAGGACUACUGUGGAGGCUCUGCCAGCACCAAUGGGACCUUCCGCGUGGUCACUGAGAAUGUUCCCUGUGGAACUACUGGGACAACCUGCUCCAAGGCCAUCAAGAUCUUCGUUGAGAGCUACGAGCUGAUCCUCCAUGAAGGGGGCUUCAAGGUGGUGAAAAGGGGACCCGGCAACAGCCUGCCCUACAAGAUCCGCUACAUGGGCAUCUUCCUGGUCAUUGAGACCCGCAGUGGGAUGGCCGUGUCCUGGGACCGGAAGACCAGUGUGUUCAUCUGGCUGCCGCAGAGUUACAAGGGUAGGGUCUGUGGCCUGUGUGGGAACUUCGACGACAACGCUGUCAACGACCUGACCACACGCAGCCAGGCUGUGGUGAGCGACACGCUGGAGUUCGGGAACAGCUGGAAGCUGUCACCCUCCUGCCCGGACGCCCUGGCACCCAAGGACCCCUGCACGGCCAAUCCAUACCGCAGGUCCUGGGCCCAGAAGCAGUGCAGCAUCAUCAACAGCGCCACUUUCGCCGCCUGCCACUCCCAGGUCGACUCUACCAAGUACUAUGAGGCCUGCGUGAGUGAUGCAUGCGCCUGCGACUCAGGGGGUGACUGCGAGUGCUUCUGCACCGCCGUGGCUGCCUAUGCCCAGGCCUGCCAUGACGUGGGUGUGUGUGUGUCCUGGAGGACGCCUGACAUCUGCCCACUCUUCUGUGACUACUACAAUCCCACUGGUGAGUGUGAGUGGCACUAUCAGCCCUGUGGGGCACCCUGCCUGCGCACUUGCCGGAACCCCAGUGGCCGCUGCCUAGUGGACCUGCCUGGCCUUGAAGGUUGCUACCCCAAGUGCCCACGCAGCCAGCCCUACUUUAGCGAGGACCAGAUGAAGUGUGUGGCCCAGUGCGGCUGCUAUGACCAGGAUGGGAACUACUAUGACAUCGACACACUGAUCCCUACAGCUGAGAACUGCCAGCGUUGUCGCUGCACCCCAAGUGGCCUCCAGUGUGAUCACAGCCUUGAGGCCUGCACAUGUACCUACGAGGACCGGAUCUACAGCUAUGGGGACACUAUCUACAACACCACUGAUGGCCUUGGUGCCUGCUUGACUGCCAUCUGUGGAGACAAUGGGACCCUAAUCCGCAGGGUCACAGAGUGUCCUGGGACACCGACCACAGUGCCGUUUACCUUCACCACCACCUCUGCUGCCCUCUCUACAACAGGUAGGCAGCCCACCAUGUCCACUGUGUGCAUCCGAGAGAUCUGCCACUGGUCCCCUUGGUUUGAUGGGAGUCAACCAGAGUCCAACACGACAGGCGGGGAGUUUGAGACACUUGUGACCCUGAAGGAGAAGGGGUACCCUGUGUGCCUGGCACCUGUCGACAUUGAGUGCCGGGCACAGAAGUUCCCAGAGUUGGCCAUGCAGGACCUGCACCAGAAGGUAUACUGCGACCCAGCCUAUGGCCUGAUCUGCCUGAACAGCGAGCAGAGUCCCCCACACUGCCACAACUAUGAGCUGCGGGUCCUGUGCUGUGACCACAGGCCCUGCGGCUUCUCCCUGGCACCCAACACAUCCACACCUGUCCUCACUACUCCCGGGACACUGUCCACUCCCACUGUGACCUCCUUCACAAGGGAGAUCACUUUGUCCACAGGACCAAGCUCUCUGCCAAUCACAGAGGUCACCUUUCAGACUGGGUCCCGCUCAUCAGCCUCACUACAAACCCAUGAGGUCAGCAGCAGGGCUCCCAGCACCACCAUAUGUGAGCCCAGGUGCCAGUGGACAGAGUGGUUCGACGUGGACUACCCCUCAUCCAACAUCACUGGGAGUGACGUGGAGACCUAUGACAAGAUCAGGGCUGCAGGUGGCAAUCUCUGCCCUCAGCCACAGGACAUCGAGUGCCGGGCUAAGAUGGACCCUUUGAAGACCCUCGAGGAGCUGCAACAGCACGUGCACUGCAACCUCAGCUUUGGCUUUGUGUGCUACAACUGGGAGCAGAUGGAACCAUUCCAGAUGUGCUACAACUACAGGGUGCGUGUGCUGUGCUGUGACCAAACCAGCCACUGCAGGGGCUCCACCACCAGCACAUCGGUGACAAGGCUGGCAACGACCACCUCCACCACAGAGACAGCCACCACCACGCCACACACUACUACACAGGCGACGGCCACCACCACCAUGGGGACAGCCACCAUCACACUACAUAACACUACCCAGGGGAUGGCCACUACCAUCACGGGGAUGGCCACCACGCCACACACCACUACACAGGGGACAGCCACCACCACCACAGGGACAGCCACCACCAUACCACAUACCACUACACAGGGGACAGCCACCACUAUGUCACAUACCACUACCCAGGGCACAGCUACCACCACCAUGGGAAAGGCCACCACCAUGCCACACACCACUACACAGGGCACGUCCACCACUACUCUGGGGACAGCCACCAGUACACCACACGCCACUACACAGAGGAUGGCCACCACCACACCACACACCACUACACAGGGGCCAGACACCACCACACCACAUACCACAGUCACCACCAUCAUGGGGACGGCCACAACCACGACACACACAACUACCCACAGCACAUCUACCACCACUCUGGGGACAGCCACCAGUAUACCACACACCACUACACAGGCGAUGGCCACCACCACCAUGGGGACGGCCACCACCAUACCACACACCACUACACAGGGCAUGUCCACCACUACUCUGGGGACAGCCACCAGUACACCACACACCACUACACAGGGGACGGCCACCACCACCAUGGGGACAGCCACGACUACGCCACCCACUACUACACAGGGGACAGCUGCCACCAACACGGGGAUGGCCACCACUAUGCCACACACCACUAAACAGGGCACAGCCACCACCACCAUGGGGACCGCCACCACUGCACCACACACCACUACUCAAGGGACAGCCACCACCAUAUCACACACUUCUACUCAAGGGAUAGCCACCACCACACCUCAUACCACUACACAGGAGACAGUCACCACCACACUACACGCCACUACUCAAGGGAUAGUCACCACCACACCACACACCACUACUCAAGGGACAGCCAACACCACACCACACACCACUAUACAGGGGACAGUCACCACCACACCACACACACAGGGGACAGUCACCACCACCAUGGGGACGGCCACCACCACGACACACACAACUACCCACGGCACAUCUACCACCACUCUGGGGACAGCCACCAGUACACCACACACCACUACUCAAGGGACAGCCACCACCAUAUCACACACUUCUACUCAAGGGACAACCACCGCCACACCACAAACCACUACUCAAGGGACAGCCACCACCACACCACACACCACUACUCAAGGGACAGCCACCACCACACCACACACCACUACUCAAGGGACAGCCACCACCAUAUCACACACUUCUACUCAAGGGACAACCACCGCCACACCACAAACCACUACUCAAGGGACAGCCACCACAUCACACACCACUACUCAAGGGACAGCCACCACCAUAUCACACACUUCUACUCAAGGGACAGCCACCACCACACCACAAACUACUCAAGGGACAGCCACCACCACACCACACACCACUACUCAAGGGACAGCCACCACUACACCACACACCACUACUCAAGGGACAGCCACCACCAUAUCACACACUUCUACUCAAGGGACAACCACCACCACACCACAAACUACUCAAGGGACAGCCACCACCAUAUCACACACUACUACUCAAGGGACAGCCACCACUACACCACACACCACUACUCAAGGGACAGCCACCACCAUAUCAUACACUUCUACUCAAGGGACAGCCACCACCAUAUCACAUACUUCUACUCAAGGGACAACCACCACCACACCACAAACCACUACUCAAGGGACAGCCACCACCACACCACACACCACUAAAGGGACAGCCACCAACAUACAACACACUACUAAAGGGACAUCCACCAACAUACAACACACCACUAAAGGGACAGCCACCAACACACCACACACCACUACUCAAGGGACAGCCACCAACACACCACACACCACUACUCAAGGGACAGCCACCAACACACCACAAACCACUACUCAAGGGACAGCCACCACCACACCACACACCACUACUCAAGGGACAGCCACCACCACACCACACACCACUACUCAAGGGACAGCCACCACCACACCACAUACCACUACUCAAGGGACAGCCACCACCACACCACACAUCACUACUCAAGGGACAGCCACCACCACAACACACAUCACUACUCAAGGGACACCCAGAAUCAUACCACACACUAUUACUCAAGGGAUAGUCACAACCACACCACACACCACUACUCAAGGAACAGCCACUAUCACACCAUACACCACUACACAAGGGACAGCCACCACUGCCUGGGGGACAGCCACCACCACACCACACGCUACCACACAGGGGACAGUCACCACCAUCAAAAUGACAGCAACCACCACACCACACACCACUCCACAGGGGACAGCCACCACUAUACCACACACCACUACACAGGGCAUGGCCACAACCACCCUGGGGACAGCCACCACCACACCACACACCACUCCACAGGGCACGGCCACCACCACCACCACAUCAUAUACCACUACACAGGGGAUGUCCAGCACCACCCUCAGGAUGGCUACCACUACACUGCACACUAUUUCACAAGGGAUGGCGACCACCACCUCAACUGCCACCACCUCAGAGACUGCCAACACUAACUUUAGGACAGCCAUAACUACCUUGGUGACGGCCACCACCACACCACCUAAAACUACACAGGGCACAGCUACCUCCCUGGGUACAAUGACCAUGCCCACGCAGGUCCCCUCCUUUCAGCCCACGAGCAGGCCAGCCAGCACCACAGCAGCCACCAGCCCUAUAGGCACCCUUGUGACAGCAAGCACAGGCUCCACUGCAACCACCAGCCAUGGAGGGUUCACAUCUGUCCCCACACACACUACGCUGCGCACCACCACGAGGCCUCACAGCACCUUGGGCUCCUCUGGGCCUUCCAUGCUGGUCCCUGGGACCUCAUGGACGUCACCAGCCAGGCCUGAAACAGGAGUCCUGACGGGCACCACUGGCACCAUCCCCACAGGAUCCCUGAUCACAAGCCUGGUGCAAACGACAUCUAUCCUUGGGCCACCCACACUCCAUACCGAAGUCAGCACACGCAUGACAGAGACACAGGCGGGUACCACAACUGAGGCUACCACUAGCCAGGGCAUGACAAGCUGUGAGACCAGAUGCCAGUGGACAGAGUGGUUCGACGUGGACUACCCCUCAUCCAAUAUCACUGGGAGUGACGUGGAGACCUAUGACAAGAUCAGGGCUGCAGGUGGCAAUCUCUGCCCUCAGCCACAGGACAUCGAGUGCCGGGCUAAGAUGGACCCUUUGAAGACCCUCGAGGAGCUGCAACAGCACGUGCACUGCAACCUCAGCUUUGGCUUUGUGUGCUACAACUGGGAGCAGAUGGAACCAUUCCAGAUGUGCUACAACUACAGGGUGCGUGUGCUGUGCUGUGACCAAACCAGCCACUGCAGGGGCUCCACCACCAGCACACCAGCGAUGGGGCUGGUGACGGCCACAUCCACCAUGGAGACAGCUACCACCACGCCACACCCCACUACACAGGGCACAGCCACCACCACCACGGGGACGGCCACCACCACGCCACACACCAUUACACAGGGCACAGCCACCACCACCAUGGGGACGGCCAUCUCCACGACACACACCACUACACAGGGGACGGCCACCACACCACACACCACUACACAGCGGACGGCCAUCACCACACCACACACCACUACACAGGGGACGGCCACCACCACACCACACCCCACCACACAGGGCACAGCUACCACCACCAUGGGGACAGCCACCACCACACCACACACCACUACACAGGGGACGGCCACCACCACACCACACACCACCACACAGGGGACAGCCACCACCACACCACACACCACCACACAGGGCACAGCUACCACCACUCGGGGGACAGCCACCACCAUACCACACACCACUACUCAGGUGAUGACCAGCACCACCAUGGGCACAGCCACCACCACACCACACACCACUACACAGGGGACGGCCACCACCACACCACACACCACCACACAGGGCACAGCCACCACCACACCACACACCACCACACAGGGCACAGCCACCACCACCAUGGGGACAGCCACCACCACACCACACACCACUACACAGGGGACAGCCACUACCACACCACACCCCACUACACAGGGGACAGCCACCACCACUCGGGGGACAGCCACCACCAUACCACACACCACUACUCAGGUGAUGACCAGCACCACCAUGGGCACAGCCACCACCACACCACACACCACUACACAGGGGACGGCCACCACCACACCACACACCACCACACAGGGCACAGCCACCACCACCAUGGGGACAGCCACCACCACACCACACACCACUACACAGGGGACGGCCACCACCACACCACACACCACUACACAGGGGACAGCCACCACCACACCACACACCACCACACAGGGCACAGCUACCACCACCAUGGGGACAGCCACCACCACACCACACACCACUACACAGGGGACGGCCACCACCACACCACACACCACUACACAGGGGACGGCCACCACCACACCACACACCACUACACAGGGGACAGCCACCACCACACCACACACCACUACACAGGGCACAGCCACCACCACCAUGGGGACAGCCACCACCGUACCACACACCACUCCCCAGGGGACAGCCACCACCACACCACACACCACUACACAGGGGACAGCCACCACCACACCACACACCACUACACAGGGGACAGCCACCACCACACUGGGGACAGUCACCACCACACCACACACAACUACACAGGGGACAGCCACCACCACACCACACACCACUACACAGGGCACGGCCACCACCAUUCUGGGGAUGGCCACCACUCCAUACACCAUUACACCGGGGACAGCCACCACUACAUCACUGACCACCACUCUAGGGACACCCAGCACCACCCUAGUGAUGGUCAGCACCGUGCCGCACAAAACCACACAGGGCACAGCUACCUCUGUGGGCACAGUGACCAUGCACACGCAGGUCCCCUCCUUUCAGCCCACGAGCAGGCCAGCCAGCACCACAGCAGCCACCAGCUCUGUGGGCACCCUCAUGACAGCAAGCACUAGCAGUCCCACCACAUCUCCAGGCUCCACUGCAACCACCAGCCAUGGAGGGUUCACAUCUGUCCCCACACACACUACGCUGCGCACCACCACGAGGCCUCACAGCACCUUGGGCUCCUCUGGGCCUUCCACGCUGGUCCCUGGGACCUCAUGGACGUCACCAGCCAGGCCUGAAACAGGAAUCCUGACAGGCACCGCUGGCACCAUCCCCACAGGAUCCCUGACCACGAGCCUGAUGCAAACGACAUCCAUUCUUGGGCCAUCCACAUUCCACACCGAGGUCAGCACACACACGACACAGGUGGGCACCACGACUGAGGCUACCACCAGCCAGGGCACGACAAGCUGUGAGCCCAGGUGCCAGUGGACAGAGUGGUUCGAUGUGGACCACCCCACAUCGGGAGUCCCACAUGGGGACAUGGAGACCUACGAAUACAUCAGGGCCGCAGGUGGCACCCUGUGCCCAGCACCUGAGAAGAUCGAGUGCCGGGCAGAGAGGUACCCAGAGGUGAGCAUCGACCAGAUUGGGCAGGUGGUGGACUGUAGCCUGCAGAACGGCCUGACCUGCAGAAACGAAAACCAGACAGGCAACUUCACUGUGUGCUUUAACUACAAUGUACGUGUGCUCUGUUGUGACCGCAGCCACUGCCCUGGCACCUCAACCACUGCCUCCACACCAUCCCCUGGGCCCCACACCGAGGUCCCUGUCCCCUCAGCCACCAGCAGAUGGACUGAGCCAGGACUCUCUACCAAGACCACAACCCACACCAGCACCAGCAUCCCCACGAUCCCCAGGAGUCUCCCUACGCUGCCAGCAUCCACCACCCACCUUCCACAUACCUCAGGGCUGCAGACUUCUGGGACCCUGACCACUGCCACAUCCAGGACUGCUCCCACAACCACUCGCCUUCACAGUACUCCAGGGUCCCCAGGCACCAGCCCAGCGCUGAGCACCUCAGCCACCAUGCCCACAGUCACCUCACCCCUGGCCAGCAGCUCCAGCACAGCCCCACCACUGGCCUGGAGCACCGCAGAGCUAACCACCACAGCCACCUUGCCCAUGACUACGGGCUCCUUCACGCCUCUUUCCUCCACCCCAGGGACUGUCGCCAGCCCGUUGGUCCCCACCAGCAGCCCACUGACCUUCAGUGUGUCAGUGGCCCCCUCCUCGAAUCUCACCACGCUCAGACCCACUGUCCUCUCUAGCCCACACUUCUCUCCUUUGCCCUGCUUCUGCCGAGCAUUUGGACAGCUGUUUUCACCUGGGGACGUCAUCUAUAAUAAGACUGACAGAGCCGGGUGCCACUUCUCUGCCAUCUGCAACCAACACUGUGACAUCACCCGCUCCCAGGGUACCUGCCCCACAUCCUCUCCACCAGUGUCCUCCACGCCGGUGUCACCCUCCCCACCCCCUGGCUGUGACAACGCCAUCCCUCCCCGACAGGUGAAUGAGUCCUGGACCCUGGACAACUGCACAGUGGCCAGGUGCGAAGGCAACAACCAGGUGGUCCUGCUGCCUCCAGAGCCCGUGGCCAAUGUGACCUGUGUGAACAAACACCUGCCUGUCAAAGUGUGGGCGGAGAGCCGGCCCUGUCAUACCCACUACGAGUGCGAGUGUGCCUGCAGCGGGUGGGGGCACAGGCACUACUCCACGUUUGAUGGCACGACCUACUCUUUCCUGGGCAACUGCACCUACAUCCUGGUGAGAGAGAUCCGCCCGCGCUACGGGAACCUGAGCAUCCUCCUCCACAGCCACUACUGCAGGGCCACGGUCAGCGGCACCAGCUGUCCCCGUGCCCUGCAAGUGCUCUAUGAGGCCAUGGAGAUCAUUCUCACCACCACCACUGGCACCAGUGGAACAGAGGAGAGUCUGGUCCUGUUUGAUGGCGUUCAAGUGAGUGGGGGCUUCAGCAAGAACGGUGUGAGCGUGUCUGUGACAGUGGCCACCAGCAUGCGUGUCGACAUCCCAGCCAUCAGCAUGAGCGUUGCCUUCACCAGGAGCACCUUCCAGGUCUGGCUGCCCUACAGCCACUUCAGCCACAACACAGAGGGCCAGUGUGGCACCUGCACCAACAGCCAGAGUGACGACUGCCGCCUGCCGGGUGGCACUAUGGCCCCCACCUGCGGGCACAUGGCCCCAUCCUGGCAGGUGCCCGACAGCAGCAGAGAGGACUGCAGGCCACCACCCGGCCCGCCCCCGAGUGCCAGCCCCUGGCCCCCAGCUCCCAGCAUUUCCACAGCUACCACCUCCACCCUGUGCUCGCCAGGACCACUCUGUGAGCUGCUGCUGAGCCCGGUCUUUGCCGAGUGCCAUGCCUUCGUCCCGCCCGACUCCUUCUUCAGCAGCUGCGCCAGUGAUCACUGCCAGGCCAGCCCCCCGGAGGUGCUUUGUCAGAGCCUGGCAGUCUAUGCAGCCCUCUGCCGAGCCCGGGGCGUGUGCACAGACUGGCGCAAUGCUACCAGUGGGCUAUGCGAGCUCCCCUGCCCAGCCACCAAGGUGUACCAGUCAUGUGGCCCGGUGCAGCCAGCCUCCUGCAACUCCAGGAACCAGAGCCCCCUGAGUGGGGGGCUGGCUGAGGGCUGUUUCUGCCCUGAGGGUCAGCUCCUCUUCAGCUCACACCAGGACAUCUGUGUGCCAGAAUGCCCUUGUGUGGGGCCAGAUGGACUCCCCAAGUUUCCCGGCCAGCGAUGGGUCAGUGACUGCCAGGCCUGCGUGUGUGACGCAACCUCCAUGUCGGUGCAGUGCACACCAAUACAGUGUGAGGCCCAGGGGCCUGCCCCACAGUGUGACCAGGAUGGCUUUGUGAUUGUGAGCAGGCCACAGGCCAACAACCCCUGCUGCCCUGAGAUGCUGUGUGUCUGCAACGUGACCACUUGCCGCCAGGCCCUGUCCACUUGUCCCCCAGACCAGGAGCUGGUCCAGGAGGAAGGCCACUGCUGCCCCACCUUCCACUGCAAGCCCAAGCUGUGCGAGUAUGAUGGCAAGCUCUACGGGGUCGGUACAACCUUCUCAGCAGUCAUUCCCUGCCACACAUGCACCUGCCUCUUCGGGGCCAGCCAGGAGCUGGUCGUACAGUGUGAGGAGGACACCUGCGACCCCUGCUCCCAGGGCUUUGUGCACUUCAGCACGGACGGGCAGUGCUGUGGGAACUGCGUGCCAGAUGCCUGCUUCACUCCGGAGGGCCAGAUGCUGCAGACCAAUCAGAUCUGGAUCAACAGUCAUGUGGACAACUGCACCGAGUACCACUGCAAGAUCCAGAACGGGGUCCCUGUGCUGAUGCCACAACCCACACUCUGUCCAGACGUGUCCCUCUGCAGGGGGAUCCUCAGGAGAACUGGCUGCUGCUACACCUGUGAAGAGGCAGAGGAUGCCUGCCAAGUCCAUGCCAAGAUGACCAUCCUGCAGCACCAGGGCUGUGAAGCUGUGGUCACUGUCACCUUCUGCGAGGGUACCUGCCCUGGAGUGUCCAAGUACUCCAUGGAGGCCCAGACUAUGCAGCACCACUGCAGUUGCUGCCAGGAGAGCAGGACCCACCAGUUGGCCGUGACCUUGCUGUGUCCCAAUGGAACAGCCAUCCAGCACAGCUACACCCAGGUGGAUGCGUGCAGCUGCACCACGGCCUGUGUGCCCUUGCCCAUGACCCCCAUGGGUGCCCCCGUCUAGGUUUUGGCUGGAAGGUUUUAUUCUGACUCCUGGAGCCAGGGCACACACCACUGACCAUGAGGACCUUGGGGACCUGUUCUGGAGUGCGUGGAGACACGGAGGGCUCCCUUGCCUCAUCUCCCCCUCCCCUGCAGCACCAUGGAGGGUGCUGGACCAGCAAGGGCCUGCUGGGAAGGGCUGGGCACGGGUCCUGCCUGGGAGACCCUCAGGUCUCAGCCUUCCUGACGGCACCGGCUGUCACUGAGGCCUGCCUGCAAGGUCAGGCCCAGGAGCUGUCAGUGAAGUGGCAGUGUGCCAUGUUUGGACCCCACAGCCCACCUACCGCCGGGACUUGGGACCAGGGGAACCCUCCUGCAGGGUCGAUUCUUGCUACAAUAAACUCUGCCAUUGUGUGUCUGUUCUGGUGUCUUUUCCUGCUGCCUCCAUGCCUGGGCUCACUGCCCCUUGUUCCAGCAGA